AUGUUUUUUAAUCCGAUUGCGGCUGUCUUUGCUGUUGCGUGUUGCAGCUCAAUUCUUGUGGAAGGCAAGAUUUACAAAGAGGGGGAAAAACACGCAUACGACAAUGGGACGGUAGACACCCUUUCCCUCCAUUACGAAGAAGCCAGAAAGUCGGGCUUUGGUAUCAAAUGGGAGCGUGACUUACCCAAGACACCUCACACUAAGGCUGAUUCGUUCUUGGCCCAGUGGCAGUUUGGAUGGGACCAUAUCCCGGCAGGAGCACUGUUAGAGAAACCGGCGGUUUUAAAGCCACACGGUCACUCACAGGGCUUGGUUUCUGGUAGAGGUAAAGCUCUGGACAAACUCCAUAUGUUUUUGCAAGUCUCUCUUAUCAACGAAACUUGCCUCCAGAUCCUUGGUUCUGUCGUCGACCUCUCCUUGAAGAUUGCAGUGGUGAAGCUCAACGAGUUGCGCAGUUUACCCGACUUGAAAAUGUUGGGUUCUGGAGGAGAGCAGACAUAUCAGAUGUUUGAAAUGAGCCAGAACAGAGGGGGUGACCACCAUAGAACACAUCCCGGUUAUGACCAGCCAGACAUGCGUCAGUUCAACGAGCUUCUUAGAACUAUGAUGAUGAGAUCAAUGGUGGUAGGGAUCUUUGAGUUUAUCGUCUAUAUCGUAGUCUUGGCGUUCAUUAUAUUCAGGCUGCUGCAAGUUAUGCAAAAAAGAAGAUUACAGGCGGGCUUGGGUGUUCUGGGAGGUAGCGGUAAUCCAGUACCAACUUUGGACCUCAGUGAAUGGGAUGUGGAUACCGAGAGACAACAGUUCAUGCUGGGCGUGAGUACCGAUGAUAGAGAUGCUACGAGGAAUGUGAUUUAGAUAGGUCUUGUGUUGUGGUUUAUAUUUAUCAAUUUUAGCCUCUCCACUGAGAGAUAUUUUCUUUGCCUAGUUUAAUUGAGAAUUUUAUGAGAAUGCAGAUCUAAG